AUGGAAUUUCCGAUUUUAUGCACUGAGUAUCAACGUUCAUUGUCCAGAGCCAAAAACGGGUAUCCAGUCCCUUUUCUUCAAACGGUCUUAUUUUCAAAUUUCUCUGAUUUCCGAUCGCGAAAUCCGAGGUUAGAAGGCCGUUCUUCCCGCUGCCCCGUAAACGGCCUUCUGCCCGAUACUCCGGUUUACGAGCAUUUGUCCGUUUCUCCCUCACCUCACCGCUCCUCACACUCCUCUCGCGUGUCCGCGCGUUUCCCGGCGAGCCAGCAGCGGUGCAUGGCAGCGACAGAGGCGGCAGCGACAGAGGCGGCAGCGACAGAGAAGGCGUGGCAGGCGCCGGAAGCCACACUCAGAGCAGCGUUGCGGUGGGACGAGGAUGGCGAUGGCAGGGUGCCGGCCGCCAUGGCGUUCAACACGUGGCAUCCGCGCUACAGCAACCACCUCGCAUGCGUCUCCACAAACAUGGAGAGGGCGGGCGGGGAGGCUGCACGUCCGGUGGAUGCAACGCCGCCCACCACAGGGGCGAGUGAGCCUAACGCCCACAGCCCUGAAGCGUCCGCACCUCAUGCGAGGGGGGUUGAGAGCUACACAGCGGUGGCGUGGAUGGUGGAUGAGGAGGAGAGAGUGCUGGUGGCGGCGGGCGGCGAACUGGGUGUGGUGCGCAUCCUUGACUUCCACUCGCGCUGCCACUUCAAGACGCUGAUGGGGCAGGGGGGUGCCGUCACGGAUCUCUGUGCGCAUCCAUCUCAGCCGUCCAUUCUCCUCUCUGCCAGCAAAGACACGUCGGUGUGGGUGUGGCACGUGGGCACCGGGGUGUGCUGCGCCAUCCUCCUCAACCUCCACCGCGCCCCCGUGCUCUCCGUGGACGUGAGUGGCAUUGAGGGCACCACGGUGGUGACGGCGGGGGAAGACGGCAGAGUGGCUGUGUGGGACCUCACAGAGCAAAGGCCACUCAUGCGCCUGGCAGCGGGUUGGGAGGGAAGGCCGUCCGACUUCCCCACCAAGCAAGUCGCGCUGCCCGGUUUCGUGGCAGCGAGGGUGCACUGGGCCCCGGUGCAGCAAGUCGCCAUGUAUGGAGGCCUCUUCGUGACAAUGUGCACGGCAGGUGCGGUGCAGCUGUGGCGGUGGAUCUCCAGGCAAGAGGUCGACAUAAAGGAGGGCACCUCCCAAACAGUCCUCCACCUGCACACGCCUCCCCCCUCUGCUGCGCGCCCACCCGCUGUUGACAACGCCACUCGCAACGCGGCCUCUCCUCCACGCGCCCUCUCGUCCUCUCCUCCACGCCCCCCGCGCUUCGCCAUGACGGCCACACAGCGCUUCAUCGCCCUCCGGAGCGGCACGAGUGAAGUGAAGGUCCUGAAAAUGGCCGACCCCUCACAGCAGCUCAGCCUGCGCCCACCCACCAACGCGCCAAUAACAGCCAUUGCGCUUUCCCUUGAUGCCAGCAUCGUGGUGUGCUGCUGUGCCGAUGGCUAUCUGUACCGCUGGGAUGUCAGCCCACCGCUGGACGACCUCUCCACCAUCGUG